AUGAAGACAAACGAGUCCUCUCGAGGGCUGAGUAGCCCUUGCUCUACAAACGGAAUAGCCUCUCCAAACGAGUCUCCAGAUACCAAACUCACGGCUUUCUCACCGGAGGAUGUUCGCUCCAAAGGCCGUCCUGGACCCAGUGUCAAUGGUCCAGUAAAUGACGCAGGGUUUCAAAAGCUCUACUCAAUGGCUGUAUCUGAUCCAUUCAUGAUACCAACAACUACAUCCGGUCGAGUACAGCUUUCUCCAACUGCAGCAACAUUUACGCCGGUUGGGAUAAUAGAUUCCGUGGCCAAUGGUAGCAUGACGCAGCCUACGACUCGUUGCCUCCCAGGUGCCGACUACUUGGCUAUCAACUCCAUAGCUGAAUUGAAUGGGAAAAGCUGCGGGCUUGGAAAUCCGUUUAUCCAGAGUUCACCGAGCUACGGGACUAUUGGAAGUACUCAAGCGCUUAGAGCCAUCUUCCCACCCAGUACAGUACUCGAGAAAUUUGAUUCUGAGCGGCGCGGUCGUGCUUUUGUUAUCGAGAAUGUUCCAACAAACCUUACUUAUAUGGCGCUAGCUGGGUUUUUUAACCGACGUGAAUUUGGUACCCUCAAGGGUCCUGUACUUACGGAACUUAGCUCCAUGGGGAAGGUAUACGUUUCGUUCACUGACAGUCGCGAAGCAAAGAAGGCGAUUGAAAAGGUUCAGCUUCUUCGACCUGAAUGGCGUGUUUUCCCUCUUACAGUCAAGGAAUAUGUGCAGCACACGGAGCCGUCUCUCUUGUCCCAUGUUUCUGAUUACGAAGGCCAAUUGCUUGUGACGGUCUAUUAUGAUUCUCGAAAUCCAACCUUAAAUCAGCACACGGUUGCCCGCUCGCUCGAGGCCCUCGUCACAACAUUUGGUGACAUGAAGGCAUUCACUCCCUUACCUACCGGACAAGAGAAUAUUAGCGAGUUUCACCUUGAGUUCUUCAAUACUCAGGAUGCAGAAAAUGUCAUGUCUACCCUCAAUGGAAGUUCGAUCGAAGAGUGCAUUCUUGAGUUUUCAUAUUUCAAGCCGGAUGUAGAAGAUAAAACACGCCCCCCUCUUCCUAGCCCGUCCCCUACAAGGGAACGGUCACUUCGAUAUGAAACACCGUGUCUCAUGAAUGCCUCCUGGACAUCAAGCCGUCCCAACCGCACCCCAUUCAUGGAGCUUAGCCCUACCGGUCGCUCUACAGUACCUCCUGGUGAGCAUGCUGGCCUUAUGGAUUGGAUGUCUAGGGCAGGUGAAAGAGUCUUGCCUUCUCCGCGUCGUGACAUCAGCCGCUUUUCUGAGCUGCGUGUAAACAACCAGAAUGCGGUAGACAUCGAGCGGAUUCGUCUUGGUCUAGAUGUUCGAACUACGAUUAUGCUUCGCAAUAUUCCGAACAAGAUCGAUCAGACUAUGCUCAAGGCUAUUGUCGAUGAAACGAGUCAUGGAAAAUAUGACUUUAUGUACUUGCGUAUAGAUUUUGCAAACAACUGCAACGUCGGGUACGCCUUCAUAAAUUUUGAGGACCCGAUUGACAUUAUCGAUGUCAUUCGUAAACGUGCGAGCUGGCCGAAUUGCUUCAACAGCGACAAAGUUGCUGAAGUGUCAUAUGCCACAAUCCAAGGCAAAGAUUGUCUAGUGCAAAAAUUUCGGAACAGCUCUGUCAUGCUCGAACAUCCGUCUUUUCGCCCAAAGAUCUUCCAUACUGGCUCUGGUCCUCUUGCUGGCACUGAGGAUCGCUUUCCUGGCCCAGAUAAUCCAUCGAAAAUGCGCCGGAGUAUUGAAAAUGCCGAGCAUGUCGGGCUGUUUGCUCCACGAGUCGGUCAGCAAUAUCGAGAUGAGCAGCGUCGCCGUCGUUCACAAUUCGAUCGCGGAACGACUGCUGCAGAAAGAGAAAUUGUAUAUGUCCGGACGCUCACCCCAAAACAGCCUUCUGCUAUUGGCAGCGGUCUAAGAAGUGCCCCUUGUACUUACCCUGCCAUGAAAAUGUGGUAUGAUCCGACUAUCGAGCGUGGUCCUAGGACUUCUUGA